UCAGCGUGAUCUGUGCGCGGACUGAGGGGAGCCGCUGAGUGCUGGAUCUGUUGGCUGCUGAUUGCUUUAAUGUCGAUGAGGCUUUGGAUAGACACAACCUGCCGCUGAAUCAACUGUCGGGACUUUUAUUUUGUGAACGGAGUCGUGUCCGUCUAAUGUCGCCGCUGAGGACGCGCAGCCGAAUGUGAAACGUUUGUGGAUCCAGCAGUUAGAGAAGAGGUGAACGCACCUUGCAUCCAGCCAUGGGAGGUCAGAUCACCAGAAAUACCCUCUACGAUUCUCUGAACGGGCCGUUUCCUGCCACAUCCCACAGAUGCCACCACAAGCCCAAGCGUUGCCUGCCCAUCCAACCAUGUGGGAGUUUGUCCUCUUUCCCGCUGCUCUUCCACCCCAGCACCAAGGGCUCGCAGAUCGUCAUGGACAUCUCCCAGAGGACCGUCAAGAGACAGGCCAGCUUCUGUAAUGCCAUCACAUUCAGCAACAGGCCUAUAGCUGUGUUCGAGCAAGUUCGGCUAAAGAUCACUAAAAAGCAGUGCUGCUGGAGCGGUGCUCUGCGGCUGGGUUUUACAACCAAAGACCCAUCGAGGAUCAACCCGGACACUUUGCCGAAGUACGCCUGCCCAGACCUGGUCUCCCAGAGCGGCUUCUGGGCAAAGGCCCUACCAGAGGAGCUCUCCAAUGAGGGGAACAUCAUCUCCUUCUGGGUGGACAAGAAGGGCCGGGUGUUUUACCGCAUCAAUGACUCCAGCCCAAUGCUAUUCUUCAGCGGUGUACAUGUUUCUGAACCUCUGUGGGCUCUCAUAGACAUCUAUGGCCUCACAAGGGGGGUCCAGCUGCUAGACAGUGAGAUGCUCCCCUUGGACUGCCUGCGUCCUCGCUCUUUUGCUGCCGCCCACCGGGCCUCCAUUCAGCGAAACGGUGAUGACCCUCGCCUUUCAAUCAGCCUGUGUGACCUGAGCCUGCAGCAGCAGGAGACGACCCUGGAGGAAGAUGAUGAGGAAGAGGAACGGCUACAACCCUUAAGCUCCGCCUCCUGCCAUGUGCCCCAAAACUCUCAGAACUCGCAGCAGUGCUCGCUGCUGCCCAGCCAUUUGGACACUGAUCUGCGCUUCCACCUGGUGCAUGGCAUCCACGUGACUGUGCUAGAUAAGCACACGGUGGCACGGUUGGAUCACCGCGGUGACGAGAGGACCCUGGUGUUCACUAGCCGGCCAAUGCGCUGCUCAGAGACGGUGUUUGUGAAAGUGAAGGCGGGUGUCACGCGGCCCGGGUCUCUUUCUUACGGUGUGACAUCGUGUGACCCUGCCACCCUGAGGCCCAGCGAUCUCCCAUCCAACCCAGAAUCCCUGGUUGACCGCAAGGAAUUCUGGGCUGUGUGCCGGGUGGCAGUGCCGCUCCACAGCGGAGACAUCUUGGGCUUUGUGGUGAAUGCAGAAGGGGAGGUCAUGAUGAGCCAUAACGGCAUUAGUGCAGGGAUGCAGCUGUGUGUGGAUAACUCCAGGCCACUCUGGAUGUUCUACGGUCUGCACGGCAACAUCACACAACUCAGGAUUUUAGGCUCAUCUCCGCACGCAGACCUUCGAGGCCCAUCGGCCCCCAGCUCCCCAUCCUGUACACCCAACACCCCCACAAUGCUUUGUAGCGGCAACUCCGAGCCCAACCUCAACACACCCUUGAAUAUCAACCUCAAUUCAAGCCUCAACUCCAACUACCACACCGUCUUUUCUUCCUCCACAGGCACAACCCCGAGCUCUCCUUUCUCCAGCCACCCAGAGUCCCCUGCCUUCCCAUCCUGCUCGGGCUCGUGGAGUGACGAAUGCACCAUUUGCUAUGAGAACGUGGUGGACACAGUCCUCUACGCCUGUGGACAUAUGUGUCUCUGCUACGCUUGUGGCCUCAAACUCAAGAAGAUGGCCAAUGCUUGCUGCCCCAUCUGCAGGAGGACAAUCAAAGACAUCAUCAAGACCUACCGGAGCACGUAGGCUCAGUGUGUCGCAACGUCAGGUUCAGCUCAAGAGGUUGUCAAAGCCAUGUAAGACUUUGUAAAGACGGACACAGCGGAAGUGAAAGCCCCGCUUGUGUGUGUGCAAUCUGGCUCAGGUACUCUACAGCAGGACUCUAUCGUUAAACAGUUUAUCUAUGUCAUGUCUAAUGCACAUCCUUGGAACGCUCACAGUGGCUCCUACCUGUGAUGUCUCAGUAAAGACCCAGCAACUAGAUUAAUCAGAGACCAUCAAAGUGUGAUCAACAGAAACAAAAUAUGUGCUACUGCAGUAAAUGUAGAUAGGACUUAAAUACACACAGUAACGCCUUGACCUACUAUUGUCCAGCGACUCUGUGAUUUGUGCAUCUGUUGAAGAGAAAGAGUAAUCUAAAGAGGCAUCUGUCCUACUUCCUGCAGAGUAACCCUUCAUUCUGCUGGUGAUAGCAUCGCUGCUAGCUAGUUUUAGAAGAGGUAAAAUUGUCCAGAGCUGCAGAAGAAACAAGGAGAAUAAAUCCACUUCUUGUCAGAGACCACAAAUCUGAGAGAAAAUCAAGAUUUGGUAGAUUAUCCUGAAUGCUUUGAGAGGCCAGUGAGGAAUGAGGAAAGUGAGGAAAAAGAAAGACAUUUGUGGUGAAAACUUUGCAGUACUUCUCAAAUAAGCCAUUUUUUGAAUGCGUAGAAAAAAUGCUGCUCCUGCAAUAAAACACAAUGAAAUGCCUAAGACUAAAGGGUUAGAAGAAGUAAGAAAAAAGAAAUCCUUAAACGAACUCUGUUGUGUAAUAAAUGGAGUGCUUUGUCGGAUAUCUCACUACCUGCUGUGCUUCUGUGAACUUCAGGCAGGGCGAGAUUGUGCGAAGGGUAAAAAAGUGUGAACGUUGUCACCAUAGAAGGUCACGCUUGCGGUGAAUGAGGAUGUAAAUCAGUGAAGCGGGAGCGAGGGAGGAGGUGGGAGAGAGGAUGUCGUAUGUUUGGGAUGAAGACAAGGGAGGAAGGGGCAACUUUGCUGUGUGUCUGCAAAGCGCGAAUAAAGUGUUUGCUCACUCAGGCACACCAGAUACAUCUGAAGUUUGUAUGAAAGCCUGUAAAAUGUGGGACUUGCAUGGUUUGCAUGUUUUUCUUCUUGGCAGCCAUGUCUGGCUGCUCAGUAAGCUGGCUGGAUGCUGUAAUUGGACAUUCAAAUAAACAUUGGUGGGCAGCAAAGUAUUUUUAAAAUGCUAAAAGAGCGCACAAGGAUGACAAAUCAACCUCUUCAUCAUUACGAGAAACCCAUAAAACACGAAGUUACAGAUGGCGUAGCUUAAUUCAGGUUACACACUUCUCUCUUUCAUAUGUACAUUAAGUAAGAACAUGAAUAUUUGCUUUCAGUGAUGACGUAUUUCAGUACACUGUGUCUUCAAGUGGAAAAGAAAUUCACUCGUGUGCAGUCAGUGACAAGGAUGUAGCUUGUAAUUGUGGGACAUUGUGAGAAUUUCAUUUGCAUAUCAGUUUCAGAGUGCUGCUCUCCGUUUGUAAAAGCAAACUGCAAGGACAUUUUCACUUGACUAAUCUCAUGCAUUAUGUACUGCUUUGAAUUGUUAAGAAGCUAUUUUCAGGUGUUUUUUGGCCUUGAUGAAACAUUACUCAGUAAUUUGUAUAGUAGUAAGUGCUGAUUUGUGUUUUUUUUCAAGGUGUUAGCUUCAGCUUAAGUCAUCUCGCCAUCGUGGAGGGAAAAUUAGCAGUUAAGUUGUAUAACAUUUGAGUCACAGUUUUCUUGUGUGCCUUUUAAAAAGAGAAGUCUGGACAAACACUGGUCUGUUAGGCUCCUCACCAGUGAAAACCAGGAGGAACACCGAGGUUCAUAUUCAUCUGAAAAUCACUCUUAUGUGGUUGUGAUGUCUCUGGUGUGAGCAGGUGUAACCACACAACCUACAAAUACAAAGCAACACUUCAGUGUUCUUAAUAUCAGUGUGUGAAUUUAUUCACUGCUAAAGAUGAAAUGUUAAAAAUCGCCUUGUCCCCUCUGUCACUGCAUUGUAUGAUACUGGAAUUGUGUUGCUCAGCCUUUACAAUUUUUUUUUGUUUUUCUUCCUGACCAAAUAUGACCUAGCAGAAAUAAAACAUUGUGAAAGAUUUUUGAUAGAAAAACGUUAUUGAUGAGUGUAAUAUUAACUGUACAUUAUGAGGUUUAUUUAUUUUGUCAGUGCUACUAUAAAGAAUUAUCACUGUUUGUUUUAUAUGUAUGGCUAUAUUGUCCAAAAGGUAAGAAUAUUGUUUAUUUUGUUGUUGCAUAGUUAAAGAUUAUAGAAAACUUUAUUUCCCUGAAAGGCUCUGUGCAUCUGUCUGAUGAUUUUCACUUAAAGCAAUAGUUUGACAUUUUAUUAAGUACACUUUAUUCACUCUGGUGGAGAGUUAGAUGAGAAGAUACCACCUUUCCACAGUAGUGGAAUGUAACUUUUAAGGACUCAAGUACACUACUCAAGUACUGUACUUAAGUGAAUUUUUGAAUGGAGUGGAACAUUUUGAUAUUAUGGUAUCAUUGUACUACUUUUUCUUAAAAUGGAUAUAAAUUAAAUUUUUAUAAUAACAAUGUAUAAAAUGACUGGUGGCUGGUAGUGAUGAACAUACAAAGAAUGAAUAUUAUAAAUAUAAAAACAUAUAAAUUAGCGUAAAAACACUAACAAAAGCUCACAGUCAGUAACUUCCUGUAGUCUCCGCUGGUUGCCUGGCAACAGGUCCUAGGAAGAAAAAAUUUUGUCUGGCCAAGUCCGGCACAUAACCCCUGUAAAAGAGCAAAUUGCCUUUUUUUUCCUUUUUUUUUUUACACUUUUUUUAACAAGUGAGACAUAACAUGUUAUUUUCUGAGGUGUAGGGCUGCACAAUUAAUAGCAAUAUUAUCAAAAUUGCAAUAAGGCUGAGUGUUUUAAUGAAGGUAAAAUGUGACAUAUAUAUAUAUAUAUAUAUAUAUAUAUAUAUAUAUAUAUAAUGAACAGCUGUAGUUCUGCAGAGGUGCUCUGCCCUAUUUGAGAAAACAUGUUUGUUUGGUACAGACUCCAACAAAUGUCAUAUCUUUAUGAUUUUAAUUGUUUUUUCGGUGAAAAUGAAAAUUGUGAUGCCAAAAUGAUCAAUCCCACAAUAAUCGUGAAUCAUAUCGCAAUCAUAAUAACUUUGAAAAUUAUCGCAAUAUGAUGUUUUUAACAUAUCAUGCAGCCCUAGUUUAGAUUAAGAUUUUGUUACGUCUGAGGUUCAGAACCAGACUAGUUGUUUUCCCCGUUUUCAGUCUUUAUGCUAAGCUAACCGUUGGUUAGCUCAGAGGUUUUCAGACUGUGGUCCAGGAAACAACAGGGGUCCUUGAGUGGGUUGUAAAGAAUCCCCAGCAAAAGGAAGAAGAGAAUAUUUUAACUUAAAUUUUUUGUAGGUUGGAACAACAAAGGGAAGAAAUAGGGCUGGCUGAAUAAUUUAUAGUGAUCCUUGUUUGAUCAUUGAUUGACUAUAAAAACUUUAUUAUCUUCAAACCUAAAAAUAAAAUAAAUUACUCAGAUGGGACAAAAUCCUUGCAAAGUGGGGGGCCAUGAUUUAUAAUGUGCAGCUAUAGUGGGGGUUCAUGGGAGCCCUGUGCGAGCUGUCACCACUUACUAGACAAAUAUGAGGGUUGUAUCAAACGUUUCAUCUAACUCUCCGUUAGAAAGCGAAAGAAAGUGUAUUUCCCAACAUGUCAAACGUUUGCUUUAAUGUCAUAUAAUAAAAUAUGAUAUUAAACAGGAAUAAAAUAUAUAAAGCUGGCAUUGGUUACCUAUUAGUUGGUCAAAUUAUGUUUGUCCUACUUGUGCAUAUUUGAAUUUGUGUUGUAGUGAAGCAGGCGUGAGUUCAAAUGUGACCAAAUAUUUAAAGUCUGAAACAAAACCAGCAAGUAAGUGAAGGUGGGCAUUGUGUAUUUUGAACAAGAAACUUUGGGUUUCCUGGGCUUGGGAUUUCUAUUAGCUGUUAAAAAACAUUCUUAAAGUGGAUUAAUUAUGUUCCAUUUGUUAAAUAAAGUUUAUGUCAGAUUAA